GCUUGUGCAUACUUUGUUGUAACAUGGGGAUGGGCGUUCUGCUGGGGAAUCGUUGGUGCCAGAAUAUCUAGGGGGCUGAGAACCCAAAUGGUCAACAGGGCACUGGGCCUCGACCAGACGUUCUACGAAACUCAAUGUCCAGAUAAAGAUCACAAGUCGUUUGACAGUAGAUGCACAGACAGUCCAGGCUGGAACUGCUGAGAAAGUUGGAAUAUUUCUCCAGUCAGUCAGUUACUUUCUGGUGGCUUUCAUUGUCGGCUUCAGCCUCAAUGCUCGUCUCACUGGUAUAUUGUUUGCUGCUGUGAUCCCUUCCAUGACUCUGGUGAUCAUCACGGGCACCACUGUCCUUGGUGCCUUCUCCAGGGAAGCAUCAGAAUAUACGACAUCUGCUGCUUCAGUUGCUGAAGGUGCCAUCAAGGCUGUUCAGGUCGUGCAAGCUUUUGAUGCAUUCGAUUCUCUGACUAGUGAUCAUCAGAGCCAUCUCAAAGGUGCCAUGAGGGCUGGUAUGAAGAAGGCCGUCGCUGGGGCUGUUCUUUUGGGGAGUGUAUUUUUCAUUGCGUAUGCAGCAAAUUCAUUGGCUUUUUGGCAAGGUGCUCGAAUCAUCAGGGAUAGCAAUGGAAAUGGAAGCGCCGGAACUGUCUACGCAAUCGUCUUCCUUAUUCUCGAUGCUUCAUUUGUUAUCGGUCAAGCGGGGCCAUUCAUCCAGUCUUUCUCUCAAGCUGCCUCCGCCGGAAGCCGAAUAUUUAGCUUAAUCGAUUACCCGGAUAUUGCCAUCAACGUUUAUUCCGAGGACGGUGUCCAAGCCGAUGAUGAAACUUUCGGACCUGAUAAAGAGAUCGUUUUCACAGAUACCAGUUUCGCAUAUCCGGCUCGAUCCAUGGAGACCGUCCUGGAUUCAGUCACUUUCAACAUCAAAAUGGGAUCAACUGUUGGUAUUGUAGGUGCUAGCGGAAGUGGAAAGAGCACUAUCGCCGCCCUCCUCCUGAGACUCUACGAUCCUUGCCAGGGUAAUAUUACGAUAGAUGGGCAUCCUCUCUCACAAUACAAUCUAGCCAGUCUUAGAAACCAGAUCGCUCUUGUAGACCAAGACCCAGCUGUAUUCUCGGGGACCAUUUACACAAAUAUUCGAGAUGGCUACAAGGGAUCUGAACUCUCUGAUGACGAAAUGAGAGGGAGGUGCAUUAAAGCUUGUAAGGCCGCAGAUGCAUGGUCCUUUGUCAGUUUGCUUCCCAAUGGAAUUGACACUUGGCUGGGAGAACCCGAUGGAACAAAGCUUUCAGGUGGGCAGAAGCAGCGCCUUUGCUUAGCCAGAGCUCUCGUUGGAGAUCCAGCACUGCUGGUGCUUGAUGAAGCAACCAGUGCCUUAGAUACGAUAAGCGAAGCGGCGAUUCUCACGUCUCUUGGAACUUCACGUUCCAUGGGGAAUAGGACGACAGUUAUGAUUGCUCACAGACUUGCGUCCGUCAAAUCUGCAGAUAAUAUUAUUGUCAUGGGGAAGGGUCGCAUACUUGAGCAAGGUAAUCAUGAGACGUUGAUGUCAAGUGAUGAAGGAGUUUACCGUCGACUGAUCGAAGCUCAAAAAUUAACCUCGGAAGAUGUCACAGAUCGGUCGGUGUCAACAAAACAUAAGUUCACCUUCAAUGACAACACUGAGCCCGCGAAUUCCUUUGAAUCGCAGCCAUCCGAUACUCUAGAGGUGCCGUCUAUCAAAGAUGAGCAAUUUAGCACGGUAAAAAUCCUCAGACGUUGCCUCGCCCUGAGCCAAGCAAGAGUCAUGUUCACGAUAAUCGCGCUGAUGGGGUCCCUGACUACCGGCGCCUUGAUACUUGGAGAGUCCAUUAUUUUCGGUCAUCUCGUCGAGCUUCUUAAUGGACUGGUUCCUUCUGCUCAAGUCGACUUCUUCUGUCUUAUGUUCUUCGUUGUAGCUUUGGCUGCUCUCUCAGGCUACAUCAUUUCCGGUUCCUGCUUUGGAAUUGUCUCGGAGCACUUGAUCUUUCGCACUCGAGACAUUUCCUUGCGUACAAUUCUCCGUCAGGACAUGGAAUGGUUUCUUCAGCCCGGUCGAUCAACAUCGGCACUUACUUCGGUCAUCAGCAUGGACGCUGGCCAUUUGAGUGGUCUUUCCGGGGUCAUUAUAGGCACCAUAGUCUCUGCAUUAGUGUCUGUGGUUGGAGGAGCAAUUUUAGCACACGUCGUCGCGUGGAAGAUUGCAAUCGUUCUUUUCGCUACCUCUCCAAUAGUUAUACUCGCUGGAUUCGCUAGAAUCUGGGUACUUGCUAGAGUCGAGGAAAAGAAUCAGCAUGCCUAUACGGAGGGUGCAUCGCUCGCAUCGGAAGCCUGCUCGAACAUCCGUACAAUUGCUGCGCUUGGAACGGAAAGGCUUACAUCAAAGAGGUUCCAUGUCGCCGUUGACAAGCAUCACAAACAAACAUUCCGAGGUACAGCUCUCGGGAAUCUGAUUCUGGCGUUUGCACUUGCAGUCACCUAUUUUGUGUAUGCCCUGGCAUAUUGGUGGGGUGCAAAGCAAGUACGUUCCGGCCAGUACUCGAGCCUUCAAUUUUUCAUCGUCCUUCCAGCUAUCCUCUUCUCGGCUCAAGCAGCAGGCCAGAUCUUCAGUCUUGCACCAGACAUUGGCCGAGCAAAGGGUGCAGCCUCUAGAGUCUUCGCACUUCACGAUCAGAAACCUAGCAUUGAUACCCCAUCCAACAAUGCUAUGGUCCCGAUGAGUUCGAUAAUUACUCACAAAGGCAAAUCGACAGCGCAGACCGGAAGUAUAACCUUCCAGAACGUGUCCCUGAAGUACAAAUCCCGUCCCAAUGCUCCUGUCUUUUCAAAUCUCAAUCUCACUAUCAAAGCUGGCGAGACUGUCGCGCUUGUAGGACGGUCAGGUGCCGGAAAGACCUCGGCAAUAACUCUCAUUGAGAGGUUCUACGAUCCAACAUCUGGCACUAUCCUCCUGGAUGGCGUGGACAUCAAAUCUGUGCCAGUAUCCGAACAUCGUGCUAGGAUAAGUCUUGUUGCUCAAGAUCCAGAUCUCUUUUCUGGGAGUGUGGCUUUCAAUGUCGGACUAGGUGCUCGACCAGGCCAUGAGGCGACGCGAGAAGAGAUCAUCGAAGCAUGCAAAGCUGUUGGCAUACAUGACUUCGUCAACGGGCUGCCUGAUGGAUAUGAGACGUACGUAACCCAUCAUCAAGUAUGCUGACUCCAAUAUUGAUGCAAGAUAGACAAUGUGGAAACAACGGCUCUCAACUAUCGGGGGGACAAAAACAACGCGUUGCAAUAGCAAGAGCUUAUAUUCGUAACCCUGAGAUCCUGCUUCUGGACGAAGCAACGUCUGCUCUGGGUAUUUUUCCCUACUAUGUCUUAUCAAAUACCUCCUUCGUCGCUAAUCAUUCCUCGCAGACUCACACUCCGAAGCACAGAUCCAAGAAGCCAUCUCCGCUGCAUCCCGUAAACGUACUACAAUCAUGAUUGCACAUCGACUUACCAGCGUUCAACGCGCAGAUCGGAUACUAGUUUUCGAUCAUGGAAAGAUCGUUGAGGAGGGCAGACAUGAAGACUUAGUGAGAGGAGGUGGCAUAUACGAACAAAUGAUCAGGGCACAAAAUCUAGGCUGAUAUCUGUUGAAUUGCCAUCUAUCUUAUAUACUUGCGUCUUGUUCGAAUGCUGGAGCAUAGAAUGGCGAAGUGGUCGAGAAUUUGUAAAGAGAGUACAUUGUGUUGCGUGGCAGCAGUAAUUAGGAACUUAUGUCUACCAUGUA